ACCGCAGUAACGUGACUUUACUAAACAGGAAGUGAGCGUCAAAUCACAGAACUUGCCAAAAAACACGACGACUGAGCCGACUCGCUGUACGCUCACCUUUGCCGGGACGGAGGGAUUUAAGAAAAAAAAACGCUUUGAGUCGUGUGGGAAUCGAGCACACAAACAGGCCAGCCAUGGGCUCCAUGUUCCGCAGCGAGGAGGUAUGCCUGGUGCAGCUCUUCCUCCAAUCCGGCUCGGCCUACAACUGCGUCAGCGAGCUGGGAGAGCUGGGCCUGGUGGAGUUCAGAGAUUUAAAUCCUAACGUGAACGCCUUUCAGAGGAAAUUUGUUGGUGAAGUCAGACGAUGUGAGGAGCUUGAGAAAACAUUUUCCUUCCUAGAACAGGAGAUCAACCGAUCCCUGUCCCCUCCUUUGAACGGACGCCUCCCCCCACCUUGCCCGACACCCUCGGCCCCGCAGCCGCGAGAGCUCAUCACCAUCGAGGAGGAGAGCGAGAGGCUGGCCAGAGAACUCAGAGAGGUGUCCAGGAACAGAGACAGUCUUCGGGCUCAGCUGACCCAACUUUGCCAGUACAGAGGGGUCCUGACCAGGACACACUCCCUCACAGCCACCCAGGCACCCCCGUCUAUGCUGGAAAACCAAGGCCUGUUUGAUAACCGCCAUGAUGUCCACCUAAGUUUUGUUGCGGGCGUGGUCCACCCAUGGAGGGUCCCGUCAUUCGAGCGCUUGCUGUGGCGGGCGUGUCGCGGUUAUAUUAUCGUGGAUUUCCGAGAAAUGGAGGAUCGUCUCGAGCACCCAGACACGGGAGAGAUGGUGCAGUGGACAGUAUUCCUUAUUUCCUAUUGGGGGGAUCAGAUUGGCCAGAAAGUGAAGAAGAUAUGUGACUGUUUCCGCACACAGACCUUUGCGUAUCCGGAGAGCACGGCUGAAAGAGAGGAGAUUCUCCAGGGUCUUCAAGGAAGAAUUGAAGAUAUCAAAUCUGUGCUUUCUCAGACGGAGUCCUUCCUGCAGCAGCUCCUGAUGCGUGCGGUGGCCGUGCUGCCCCAGUGGAAGGUCCGCGUCCAGAAGUGCAAGGCGGUCCAGAUGGUCCUGAACCUCUGCAGCCCCUCCGUCACUGACAAGUGCCUGAUUGCCGAGGCGUGGUGUCCCGUCGCUAAGCUCCCCGAGCUGCAGAGCGCCCUCAGAGAGGGAGGGAGAAAAAGCGGCAGCGGCGUCGACUCCUUCUACAACCGCUUGCCGUCAUCUGCAUCCCCGCCUACCUUGUUUCCCAUUAACUCCUUCACCGCCGGCUUCCAGAACAUCGUGGAUGCCUACGGAGUGGCGAGCUAUCGGGAAGUCAAUCCUGCGGUGUACACCAUCAUUACAUUCCCCUUCCUGUUUGCCGUCAUGUUUGGGGAUGUGGGUCACGGUGUGCUGAUGACCUUGGCUGCCCUCUGGAUGGUCCUGGAGGAGAAAGACCCCAAACUGAGAAGCAACAACAAUGAGAUCUGGAGGAUGAUGUUCGGGGGUCGCUACCUGAUCCUACUGAUGGGAUUGUUCUCCAUCUACACGGGAGCCAUUUACAACGAGUGCUUCAGCCGAGGCCUCAGCACCUUCAGCUCAGCGUGGCACGUCAGGCCCAUGUUUGAGAGAAACAUUUGGAAUGCAUCUGUCCUGGCGGGGAACCAGUACCUGUCCAUGGAUCCGAACGUGACCGGUGUCUUCACCAGCCCUUAUCCAUUCGGCAUUGAUCCUAUUUGGGGUUUGGCUAACAACAAGCUAACCUUUCUCAACUCAUACAAGAUGAAGAUGUCCGUCAUCAUCGGCAUCAUCCACAUGACCUUUGGAGUCUGUUUGUCCUUCUUCAACUAUGUGCAUUUUGGCCAAGUGAGCAGGGUGUUCCUGGUGCUGAUCCCGGAGCUGUUCUUCAUGCUGUGUCUGUUCGGAUACCUGGUGUUUAUGGUGGUCUUCAAGUGGAUCGCUUACACUCCAGCCCAGUCCAAAAUAGCCCCGAGUAUACUCAUCCAUUUUAUAGACAUGUUCCUCUUCACGGAAAACGAAGACAACCCGCCUCUCUACACGGGACAGGGUAUCGUCCAAAAAGUUCUGGUGGUGCUGGCGCUGUGCUCCGUUCCUGUUCUCCUGUUUGGGAAACCCCUGUUUGAAUACAUGACACACAAGGGGAGAAGGCGUCCGUUGCCUCAGGAAGAAGACAGACGCCCGCUGGUGGCCGACGAGAGCUCCAUCAACACCCGACAAGGGGAGACGGACAGAGGGUCCGCUGAAGUCGAGGAGUUUGAUGCCGCCGACGUGUUCAUGCACCAGGCCAUCCACACCAUCGAGUACUGCCUGGGCUGCAUCUCCAACACGGCCUCUUAUUUACGACUCUGGGCUCUCAGUCUGGCACACGCACAGCUGUCAGAGGUGCUGUGGGUCAUGGUGAUGCGCGUGGCGUUGAAGUGGCAGGGCUACGUGGGCUCUGCAGUUCUCUUUGUGGUCUUUGCCUUCUUCGCCGUGUUGACCAUCUCCAUCCUGCUUGUUAUGGAGGGCCUGUCGGCUUUCCUUCACGCACUGCGUCUGCACUGGGUGGAGUUCCAGAACAAGUUCUACAGCGGCACAGGCUACAAGCUGAACCCAUUCUCCUUCUCGUCUCUGAUCAAUGCAUCAGCUGCUAUAUGAUCAUCAUACUGACCAAAGAAUUCACUAAAAUGAUUAAUUUAUGUACCUCAUGAAGUCGUUAGCCUGCAGACGACCGAACACAAACUGUGUUCUGUGGCCCCGGGGGGCCAUGAAAGGGUGUAUUUGCACAAUGAACAUGACGGUGUUGACUGUUAUUAGAAUGACUAUUCCCUUUUCAAAUUUUAUUAUCUCAGUGUUACAUACAAGCAUUCUUAUUCAUUCCAAAAGCAUCGUCUUAGUGAUUGAGUCUUUUCACUGUAAUUAACGUUAUUGAUUAUCUUAUGAGUUGAAAAGGGAAUGUAUGUGGAAUUGGGGUGUUCAUCCAGGAAUUUGGAAUCGGCCAAAGGAUAGCAGGUAAUAUUACGAUUGUCGACUGCUAAAGAAAUAUAGUUUAUUCACAGUGUUGUGUUACUUAAGCAUAACACAUUUUAACUUUAAAAAAUAUAUAGUAGUUUUCUUUUGUGCCUUACUCAGAUGGCAACACGUUGAACCACAUUCUCUCGUUAUUUUUUGUAAUGCGCCGUCAAAGUGAUCAAAUUUGAAAUUAAAUGAUUUUUCUGUAUGA